AAAAAAACACAAAGAAACACAGAACGCCAGUUUUUUUUUUUCAACGAUCACAAGUAAAGCUGAAGAAAAAAGAAAUCGUCUGAAAGCUCUGAGAAAAAAUAAUAAUAAUUAAAUUAAAAAAAAAGUUGGAGAAGAAGAAGAAGAAGGAAGAGGAUUGUUGUCGUUUGAGAUGGGAGAGGUGUCGUUUGGGAAGCUGCCGUUGGGGUUCCGGUUCCGGCCAACAGACGAGGAGCUUAUCAAUCAUUACUUGAGGCUCAAGAUUAAUGGUCGCCACUCUGAGGUUGAGGUCAUCCCUGAAAUUGAUGUCUGUAAAUGGGAGCCCUCGGAUUUACCUGGGUUGUCAGUGAUAAAGACGGAUGACCCAGAGUGGUUUUUCUUUUGCCCACGUGAUCGGAAGUACCCAAAUGGUCAGAGGUCGAACCGGGCUACUAGUGCCGGAUAUUGGAAAGCCACCGGAAAGGACCGGACGAUCAGGUCCCGGAGCUAUAGGUCUGCGUCUAAUACCACUGGCGCGAUCGGUAUGAAGAAGACCCUUGUUUUCUACAGAGGCCGAGCUCCUAAAGGGGUGCGCACUCACUGGAUUAUGCACGAGUAUCGCCCCACGCUGAAGGAUCUGGAUGGUACGGGUCCUGGUCAGGAUGCCUAUGUUCUCUGCCGCUUAUUCCGAAAGACUGAAGAAAAGUCUGAUGCUCCAAAGUAUGAUGAGGUGGAUCAAACUGGAUUAUCACCCACCACAACCAAAUCUUCUCCUGAUGAUACCUCAUCGGAUUUGCUUCAAGAAUCAGCGACAUCAGAUAUGGCAGCUGGAGAGGAGUCAGAAGUUAUAAACAGGUGGUUAACUGAUAAGUCAGACAAUAUGACCCCAAAUGCUCAAGCACCUGUUGAAAGUGGUUCCACUAGUUAUCUGACAUCUGAUGUGGAAGACCAUGUAAUAGAUGAAACUCCUCUGGAGGUGCCCAUGCUGAUGGAAGAAAACUCAAAGUUUUGUGAGCUUGCUCAUGCCCAAACUGAUUAUACAGCAUUCUCCUCGUUGCCUUCACAAAUUGAGCAACCACCCUAUUCACCUUUUGCCUCUGACUUUGGCAAUGAUGAUAAUGUAAUUCCUUUUAUGGAUGGUACUGAUGAGCAAGAUAUAUCUCUCACAGAGUUGUUGGAUGAGGUCUUCCAUAGCCGUGAUGAGAGUUCUUCUGAUAAGUUGAACUCACUGAAGAACUCAACUGUUGGAAAGGAGACCCAUUUAUAUGCUCAGGCACAAUCAUUGGAGAACAUACCAUCAGGGACCUUAUACAAUGGUCCAUACAACAACAUGGGAGCUAAUAUGACCCAGCAUGACAUUGAUACAAGAGCUUCUGCAUGGUACAAUGGGCAAAUGGCUGCUAAGGACAUGUUGCAGAUGCCAGCUCUAUUUGGACCUUCUCAAGUUGAAGUGCCACCUAAUGAUCAGGGACUUAUGAUGGGAAAUUUGGGUGCCCCUGGGGGUAAUUUUGUUGGUCAAGCUUCCCUUGGUGGUGAUUAUUCUAUGUGGAAUAAUUUAGAAGAAUCGAACAGUUGGAAUCUUCCUGAUAACCAAUACAGUCAUAUUGGUCGAACUGGAAUCAAAAUUAUGCCCCGUCAGCCUCAUCGACCAAGUUCAGGUUUUAAUGAUACUCAGGGCACUGCUGGAAGAAGACUCCGCUUGAAUAUAAAUUCAUCACAUGAAUCAACUGCAAAUGAUGAUGUGUGUUAUGGAAAUAAGAGCCAUGAAGAAGAGGAAGUACAGUCAGCUGCUACAGGGGUCUUCAAAGCUGAGCAGAGUCAUGUUAAUCCCAAUGGUGAUUUUGGUGCUGGGACUGGAAUUAAGAUCAGGAACCGUGAAUCUCAACCACAAUCAAGUUCAAAUAGUUUUAUAUCUCAGGGUGAUUCUUCAAGAAGAUUGCGUCUACAGAUAAAUACCAUGCCUAAGUCAAUUGCCAGUGACAACCUCAAAGGUGUGGACCAAAAUAAAGAAAGUGAAGUGCAAUUGAUCAUUACUGAGGACACUACAGAAGAUGCAAAGGGAAGAGAAAGAGGAGAAUAUGGUGUGAAUUCAACUUCUACUGAGGACUCUCAGAAUGUGGAUUACAGCGAAAAAGAAGAUGAACUACUUUCAAUAUCUUCUCAGGACUCUGUGGAUGCGAACAACAGUGAAACAGAAGAUGAACUAGACUCAAUUUCUUCUGAGGACUUUGUUGAAGAUGUAAACAACAGUGAGAAGGAAGAUGAACUACAGUCAAUUUCUGCUGAGGACUCUAUGGAUGAUGCUAACGACAGCGAAAAAGAAGUAUGGUCAAUUUCUACCGAGGACAAUGUGGAAGAUGCAAACAACAGUGAAAUCGAAGAUGAAGUAGAGCCAACUUCUACUGAGACGGCAGAACCUGCUACAAAGCAGAGUCCAUGCCUUGAGACGGGUAAGGAGAGUCAUCAUCCUUUGAAGUUUGACAGUACCAAGGAAAUUGCUAUAGAGUCCUUUACAGAAGUUGAAGAUAAAAGCAAGGAAAUCAUUGAAGUAUCCUCAACAAAAGAACCAAACAAGGAAAGUUUCAAUAGAUCAUCCUUGACGAAACUGAGUUUUAGGGCAGAAACUAAGGAUAAAAUGUUGGGUAGCAGCGCUACGGAGGCAUCAGAAUCAUUAGAGAAACUACCUAGACACCCUGCCCCAACUUCAUCCUUUGUUAUCUCCUUUGGGGUUUCUGCUGUUAUAGUCUUGCUCUUAGCUUCCUUUGGCUGGAGAGCUCUAGAUCUUGGUGUUGCGUGGAAGUAGGCUGUAGUUUGUAGGUUCUAGGUUCUAAGUUUCCUUCGGGUGGCUGGAGAGGCUCUAAAAGUUUUUACCUUUUUUUGGGGGGUUAAAAGAGGUGAAAGCUUGUAAAUUGCAGUCAUAUAAAUCGUUAUUGGUAGCUUAGAUUUAUUAUGAUCUUUGCUUUAGAGAUUAGAGUUACCUUUCAAUCUUUUUUUGUAAUUUAUUUUAGGCAAGUUUUCCUUUCAAUCUUGGUGCAUCAUUUGGGAAAAAAUAUUGCCUUGUUAGGGUUUUACA